GGUACGUGCCACAGGGCGCCGGCCGUGUCCACCUGGGGUUGCCUGGCUCAAGGGACCUGCACUCCCCUAGGGGAGCAGAAACCAUGCCCCGUAGCAGGACGGGGGUCCUGGCCCAGAGUGCAGCACUGGUUGGGGACCUGCCCAGGACCAGGUGGCAGACGGGUGCUGCGGCACCCUGGCUCCGCUGGGGAGGAAGAGGAAGAGGAGGCUGUCCCCUCGCCCUCCCUGGCUGGCGCUGCCGGAAGCUGGAGGGCUCCCUUGUUUACCCAGGCUGUGGCUGCCUCUUCCCCCAGAUCCGUCCCACACAGGACGGGAGGGUUUGAGCCGACUGCUUGGCCAGGAUGAGCUGGAGUUUCCUGACGCGGCUCCUGGAGGAGAUCAACAACCACUCAACCUUCGUGGGCAAGAUCUGGCUCACUGUCCUCAUCGUCUUCCGGAUCGUGCUGACAGCCGUUGGUGGGGAGUCCAUCUACUACGACGAGCAGAGCAAGUUCGUGUGCAACACGCAGCAGCCCGGCUGCGAGAACGUGUGCUACGACGCCUUCGCCCCUCUCUCCCACGUCCGCUUCUGGAUCUUCCAGAUCAUCAUGGUGGCCAUGCCAUCAGUGCUGUACCUGGGCUUUGCCAUGCACCGCAUCGCCCGGAUGCCAGAGAACGCGCGGCGCGGGCUCCGGCAGGCCGGCGAGCACGCAUGCCGGUUUUUUCCCAUGAUCUUUGAGGAGAUCGAGGUGGAGAAGGAGAAAAGCACGGAGGGUGGGGAAAAGCACGACGGCCGGCGCCGCAUCAAGCAGGAUGGGCUGAUGCGUGCCUACGUGCUGCACUUGCUGUGCCGCUCGCUGCUGGAGACGGCCUUCCUCUUUGGGCAGUACAUGCUGUACCGCUUCGAGGUGAGCCCGUCCUAUGUGUGCAGCCGCAGCCCCUGCCCUCACACUGUCGACUGCUUCGUCUCCCGCCCCACC